CUCAGUGUUGUUUAACGUGAUCUGACAUUCUACAGGAGUGGGAAUGGCUCUGCGAAAAAUGGGUGCAAUGGCCAAGCCAGAUUGUAUCAUCACUUUUGAUGGCAAAAACCUCACCAUAAAAACUGAGAGCACUUUGAAAACAACACAGUUUUCCUGCAGCCUGGGAGAGAAGUUCGAAGAGACUACAGCUGAUGGCAGAAAAACUCAGACUGUCUGCAACUUCACUGACGGCGCAUUGGUUCAACAUCAGGAAUGGGAUGGGAAGGAGAGCACGAUAACAAGACGGUUGGAAAACGGGAAGUUAGUGGUGGAAUGCAUCAUGAACAAUGUCACUUCCACUCGGGUCUAUGAAAAAGUAGAGUAAAAAUUCCAGCAUCAUUUUGGACAGGAAUUAGCUGCGAGGAUGAACACGCUCAGUUCAAUGAGCAAAUCUCCAUACUACUUUUUUUUUUUCAUUACUGUGUUCAAUUAUCUUUAUCACAAACAUUUUACUUCCAACUGUUUCAAAGUGUUGAAUUAAUCAGGAUUCUCCCUUUGGUUAGUAAAUAAAUCUGUUUGUGCUAUA